AGAAACAGAAACUGAAAGAAUCAAAACCAGUGGAGAGAACAUUGUCGGUAACAGAUGACUUCCGACAUGUCUUACGAUGAGGAUUUUUCUCUGGUGAUGGAGACGCCGCAGUCUGAGGAAACCUUAGAUGGAAUCCAGAACCUAAUCAUAAACUGCAAGAAACAACAUCAUCAGCUGCUUGAGGACCAGAAGGAUCUGGCCGCCGUCAGAGAUGAUCUGCAGGACAUGACCAGAAAGUGUAAGGAACGAACUGAAAAACUGAUCCAGGACCUGGAAGAGGACCAGCGCUCCUACGCUGCGCAGCUGACAGACGAGCAGGUGAAGCUCAGUGUUCUGCAGCAGGAGGAAGUUGAACUGAUGCAGGAGAUCCAGAAGGUCAUGGCAGCUCUGAAGGAGGAGGAGGCCUUAAACCAGCACCUGAAGCAGCAGACGGACGUUUUCACGGCUGUGCCUGAGAAGAAAGUGGUCUUCAAGGGGCACACAGAAGAAUAUAAAGACGUGCAAACAUUUCAGAUGAAACCUCAUAUAGUUUACCCCAUGGAGGGUGGGACGGCGCUGAUUACAUUUGAGGAAGACGUAGUCGCCAAGAGGAUCCUGUCCAAGAAGAAGCAUGAGGUGGAUCUGUCUGAGGACGUCACGAUCAGGGUGGAGGCCAGGCCUGUUCACCUGAUCCUGCCCAGACUGGUGGAGAUCAAUUCUGAAGUGUGUCCACAGCGCAUCCUGAUCUCCAACCUGCCAAAGAUGGACACUGACACUCUGCUGAACAAGCUGGAGAUCCACUUCUCCAAGAAAAAACACGGAGGUGGAGAGGUGGAGGAGUGUGAAAUGAUGCCUGACUCUGGGAACGUGGUCCUCACUUUUGUAGAAAAUAACUUUGCCAGGGGUUUGACAGAAAUGGAGCAUCAUGACGUCAAGUUCCAAGACAAGAAGCACAGAGUGAGGGUGACGCCUUUUCUAAACGGAAAGAUCACAAACCUGAAGACUAAGGUGUCCAUGUGCCCUCGGACAGUCCUGCUGACAGGAAUCCCUGCCGUCAUGGAACAGGAGACGCUGCAGGAUCUGCUGGAAAUCCACUUCCAGAAAAGCAGCAACGGUGGAGGAGAGAUCGAAGCGUUCCUCUACAACCCGCUGGGCCAGAGUUUGUCUGCGCUGUUUGAAGGUGUUUCCCCUGACGGCGACAAGAAGGUGUAGAUGUGUCUGCUCCCUUAGAAAGAAAAGAAACUUCCUUUCUGCCUAAAACCAGAAGCCUUAUCAUGUAUUUUCAGAACUUUGUGUGAGCUGUUGUGUCAUUCAGUGAAAUCAAGCACAAAGUAGUGAAGCAUCAUAUCCUGUUUUCUCUUUUUCAGAUACAAUAUGUUACUGCAUUUUUAAAAAGAGCCGUAAAACAUAUAUGCAGAAAUGAAGUUGCAUCCCUGGGUGUUUUGUGGGUGUUAAGCUAUUUAGAAAUAAACAGAAAUAAAAUUUUCUUGCUGGAGACACUUUUUCUGCCUAGAACUUCUCAGCCAACAGGUCCCAUUAAUGCUAUAAUUACACUGGGUUACAAAAUAAUGUUUUUUGCAAGUUGUCUAGGUUUUUUCAACUGAAUUCGGACCAUUUUGCACCGCUAAAUCCAAAAAUGACAUCUGUUUUUCUCAAUCAGGUCAGGUAU